AUGGUACAUCGGUAAUUGUCAAUUCUGUUGAAGUUGAUAGUCGUUACUUAUAUUAAGUUGUUUUAAGGAUUUGUCAAGAUGCGGUAAUGAAGAAAUAUUAUAGUAAAUUCGUAAUAAAAUCCUACGUUUCUGAUAUAAACGAAAUGGAUUAGGUUUCGAAAUAUGGGUGCGAAUAUUUCUCAGUUAGAAAGAGAUAUAGGUUCUGAACAAUUUCCUUCCAAUGAGCGUUAUUUUGGUCUUGUGAAUUUUGGUAAUACAUGCUACAGUAAUUCCGUUCUUCAGGCCUUAUAUUUUUGUAAACCGUUCAGAGAUAAAGUUCUUGAAUACAAAGCUAAGAAUAAGAGAACUAAAGAAACUCUCCUCACAUGUUUAGCAGAUUUAUUCUACAGUAUUGCAACACAUAAGAAGAAGGUGGGCUCUAUUGCUCCAAAAAAAUUUAUAGCUAGGUUAAGAAAAGAAAAAGAGGAAUUCGAUAACUAUAUGCAGCAGGAUGCUCAUGAAUUCCUGAAUUUUUUAGUUAAUCAUAUUAGUGAAAUAAUUCUUGCUGAACGUCAACAAAAUUCUACUACAAAUAAUAUAAAUAAAACAAAAGGUAUAGGAGAGAAUGGUACAAACCAUUUGCCACCAGAACCUACUUGGGUUCAUGAAAUAUUUCAGGGUAUUUUAACAAGUGAAACUAGAUGUUUGAACUGUGAAACUGUGAGUAGCAUUGAUGAAGAUUUCUUCGAUUUACAAGUUGAUAUUGAACAAAAUACAAGCAUCACACAUUGUCUACGCUGCUUUAGUAAUACGGAGACGUUGUGUAGUGAUAAUAAGUUUAAGUGUGAUAACUGUAGUAGUUACCAGGAGGCCCAAAAAAGAAUGAGAGUAAAAAAACUACCAAUGAUUUUGGCUCUGCAUCUGAAGAGAUUCAAAUAUAUGGAACAAUAUAAUAGGCAUAUUAAAGUGUCGCACAGAGUGGUUUUUCCAUUGGAAUUACGGCUUUUCAAUACUUCAGAUGAUGCUUUGAACCCAGAUCGGCUGUAUGAUUUGGUUGCAGUUGUAAUACAUUGUGGCAGUGGACCUAAUCGUGGACACUACAUAAGUAUAGUGAAGAGUCAUGGCUUUUGGUUGUUGUUCGAUGAUGAUCAAGUUGAUAAAAUUGAUGCAUCAACCAUUGAAGACUUUUACGGCCUGACAUCGGAUACCCAAAAAUCGUCGGAAACAGGAUAUAUAUUAUUUUAUCAAUCGAGAGAAAGCUUAUGAAGCAUGUUACGUGCCUUCCAGAGACAUGGAGCGGGAAACAGGACUGCAUGAAUAUUUUGAAGAAAUCCACAAGAACGGUUACGAUAAGUGAUUUUCUAGUUUGACAAUGAAAAAUGACUGUUAAUGAUUUCUUCCACCGCUAUAUAUAUCUAUACUCUUUAUUUUUGAUUAAAACAGCGAUUUUAUUCACUUCGACAUCCGAUUCAAUAGUUUUGAUAAUUUUAAAAAGAAAGAUUUACGAUUUUCAUUCCAAUUCUGCUAUUUCUGAAUGCCCGUAAUAGCUUUAUUUGAACCACAUGUAUUAAAUUCAAAUGAUUAUUUACUAGUUUGCUGUCAAGAAAUUAAUUAUUUUAUUGAUUUUAUUCUGAAAAGAUUUUAAAUUUUAUUAUACAGGAAUUCACAUAUUGAAAUCUUUUUCGAAUUAGUGUUUAAAUAAUUCUAACUAUGAUUGAAGUAGUUUAUGAUAUUCAUGAAUAAGUUUAUUAUUUAUUAUUCAUUUGUUGUCGAUUCAUUUCAGCAUUGAUUUGUAUCAUAUUCAAAAGUUCGUUCUAUUUGUUUUUUAAUUUCUUUUUGCAUUCAGGGAAGCAUUUGAUGAUUAUACAUUUCUGUGCAUUGUCUGUGAUAAGUUUUGAGGAUUAUUAAUUUAUUAGGUAUAUAAUAAUAAUAAAUAUAUGAGUGUAGAAAAAUAAAAAUUGAGUCAUUAUGUGGAUAUUGUCCAAGGCAUGUUCAUGAAUUUCUAAAUUUUCCCAAUUCAGAUUUCCAUCUAUUCAUUCUCAUUAGAUUUUAAAAAUGAUUGCCUUUUUAUGCAGUCGAAUCCUUUGAUUUGAACUUUGUUUCUUUUUUUUAAUUGCAAUAAAUACACGAAAUUUGCGUUUAUAUGCCUUGUAUAUAUUGUACAUUGUUAUUUGUAUAUGUAAUAUAUUGUAAUAGAGGAGUACAAUUCACUUUAUCAGGUUUGUUACUACUUCUCUCUCUCUUUAUCUCUCUAUAUAUAUGUAUAUAUAUAUUAUAUAUAUAUAUAGUAUGUAGUAUGUAUAUAUAUAUAUAAUAUUUUGAAUACACGAGAGUUAUCAUUUCUACUGUUAAACAAAUUUUAUUGUGUAAAUAAAUGUUAGAUUUAAUAAAGAAAAAUACUUAAA